GAUGAAGACAUAAAAAGCCGACAUUGUCAACAAAAAGAUUAGGGAAAGGUUUUACUGUUGUAGAGUAUAAGGCGUUAUGGCCUCAUCUUCAGACUCGACAUUAGCUGCAGCGAAUAUUGAUGCAAAAAACGAAAAAAACUCAAAUAUUACAGUCUCGGGGAAAACGUCUGCCAAUAAUACCAAAAUGACUAUAGCAACUAUACAAAAGGCUUACCACGACAUCCUCAAAGAUCCCACUAGUCUAGAUGAGGCUGCACACUAUUUAUAUCAAUCGCUGCUGGACGAUGCUGUUGUGGGUGUUUUUCUAGAAAUACACCAUUUGCAUAGGACUGGUAAUUUAGACGCACUAGACGGUGUACCAGAAGAAGGGACUGACGCUUCCUAUCGCAUUGUAGAUAUGCCAAACUAUGAUAUUUUUGGUAUUUCAUCAGUUAAAAAACUAAUGGAUUGCACUUGCCCCAACUGUGAUAGACCCGUGUCGGCGUCACGUUUCGCACCACAUCUGGAAAAGUGCAUGGGUAUGGGACGUAAUUCGUCACGUAUUGCAAGCCGUCGUUUAGCUACCAAGGAAGGUACCAGCGCAAGCUCUUCAUCAUCUUCAUCAUAUCUCCAAACAACGGUCGGCACAGAUGAUGAGGAUGAUAUUGACUGGUCAUCGGAGAAACGACGAAAGAAGACUAAUCAAGGAAAUCGUAAUAACGGAUCAAAAAAGAAUAAUGGCAAAUCAUUUUAGAUUCAGUGUGAAUAACAUUUAAACGUAUACAAAUUAACAAUUAAUUUCAACUUCAUUCUAAGUGCAGAGAAUUAUACCUACAUUUGUAUAGGUAUACAUGCUAUAUGCCAUAAAUAUAAUUUUCUUAUAUUAAUACUGGUUAUGAGUGCAUGCCUGCAUGUGCAUAUACAAAUUCAAGUAUGUGCUAAAAGAUUCCAUAUAUAGUGUAAAAUACAUGUUUUUUUUUUCAACAAAUUCUUUGUAUACAUUCUACUAAAUUAUUCAAAUUAUUUAAUAAAAUAUGCAUAACGGAACU